AGAAAACGAUUAUUCAGCUUCCUGUUUCCAUCGUUGCAGAAGUUGGCCUGACCUCUUAACAUUUCAGUGGGUAAAAUAUUUCAAUAACAAAAAGAAACCAAAAUGGCGUGAUGAUUUAGGGAACAUGGAACAUGAUCGUUGCACAUCAUUAUUCAAUACAGUAGAUCGACUGAUUGGUUUGAUAUAAACUAUGAAGUAGUGACAGAGAACGGAAGAAGUCACAACGUUAGUAUGUUUUACAGCGGAUAUGGUGACGAAGUGGAUUCCUGUCCCCAAAAUCGGACAGAGUUUACUGCAGCAGCGACCAGACUGAACUGUACGGUGGAUAAGAAUGGAUAUAACCGGUAUACAUGUGUUCCUAAGCUUGACUUGAAGGCAACAGUAGAGUUCUGCUACAAUUUCACUGUGGGAUUUUAUCCAAAAGGUCAUUGUCUAAGGGUGCAAGAUGAUGGAGCUCUGAACGCAAUCAGCUGUAGUCAGUUUACGAAGGGCUGUCCAACAGAGCAUUACAGAGGAUCAGACUUGUACCAAUUUCCAGCUUGUCACCAAAUCAAUACAGAAAAGAGAUGUUUCUAUGCAAAUCCUUCCUGUCCAAAUCAAACAGGAAGUGCGACUACAGCAAAAUUGGAUGGAAGCUUUCUAACAGAUUCAACACCAUCUAUCUUCAACGCAACGACGAAUAUAUCGAGUACACUUUCCAUCCCAGUAGAACAAGGAUCCGCAGAUACUGGGAUGGUCAUUGGCAUAAUCCUGUCUGUCAUAGCGAUUAUUGUUGUUUGUACUUUAGCUAUGGUAUUCCGGAAACGAUUAUGGCGACGUUAUGGGUGUAAAAAUGUAACUGGUGAAGAGAGUAUCGAAAUGGAUGGAGAUAUCAUAGACCCGGAUGAAGAGGAAUGGAGGAGGAGGCGUCCAUCAAACGAAUCCCAAAACGACUACCAGUUUAACAGAUUCCCGUCGAAUUUAGUAAUAGUUAGCUUCGGCAGUUUGUGAAAACUUGAAGAGUGGUGAAUUCCAGAUGAUGAUGAACUCCUUGAACUAUCUGGAUAAAGAUUCGAAUUUGCAGGCAUGAAGACUGGAGCGUUUGGAUUAAGCGAUGAUUUUGACAAUCUUGUUAAUUUUGAAAUAGUUUUCUGAAUAAUCAAAUCAUACUU